GCGCUAUGCUUCACGGAGAAAUGUGUUCGUUUCCAGUGUCUUAGUAACAAGCUGUUUGAUUUCACCGGGCACGGAUCAACUCGAGUUACGACUUCGUCUUAAUGGUUCUCGUUUUAUUCAACCGUUGACAGUUUAACGGUAAGGAUACAGACUCAAUUUACCAAACAAACCAGCCUCGGUGGUGACCAGUGGUGAUCUGUUUUGAAAAUGAACUUUACGUUUGGAAAAUACAGAGUUUAUUUGUCAAACCAGCUGCAGUAUAUGACUUGAGAAGCUCGGCCGCGAAGGAAAAUGGAAAAAAACGCCGGGAAAUAGAGGGAAGGAGUUUCCUCCCAAGAUUUCGUGAAAUUUGUUACGUGCAAUGGGAAGUAAUGACACGACCACGUCUGUUUCACCCAACAAUAUAUCCACGGAAACAGUCCACAACCCAUGGGACGAUGCUAUUUGGAUUCUAACAUGCUCUUUUAUCAUCUUCACCAUGCAGUCAGGUUUUGGAUUGCUGGAAUCGGGUAUGGUAUCCCGUAAACACGAGAUUAAUAUUCUCGUGAAGAACAUAGCGGAUGUCUUAUUUGGAGGGCUAGCGUUCUGGAUGUUCGGUUACGCGUUUAGCUUCGGGAAAUCUCACGGGACAAAUCCUUUUAUUGGGUUCGGCGAUUUUUUUGUAGACGCCGACGGUCCUAAUAUGGGUCUCACAUUCUCGAAAUUUUUCUUCCAAGCUUCGUUCUCCACCACCGCUACAACAAUCGUUUCAGGGUCCAUGGCUGAGAGGGUCAAACUGGAGUCUUACUGUCUUUUCUCCUUUAUGAACACCAUCAUUUUCUGUCUACCGGCUCAUUGGCUAUGGGCAGAGAACGGCUGGUUAAAGAAUCUUGGUGCCAUCGACGAGGCCGGGGCGUGCACAGUCCAUUUAGUCGGAGGUGUAACGGGACUUACUGCAACCAUUAUGCUUAAACCAAGAUCUGGUCGCUUUGAAGAGGGCGAGGACAAAUCUUGCAAUGAUAUGGGUUCUCCGACGACUGCGUUGCUUGGUCUCUUUAUGCUGUGGUGGGGGUGGUUGGCUUUGAACUGUGGGAGCACUUUUGGAGUCACCGAUGGAAAAUGGAAGGUAGCGGCCAGGGCGGCCGUAAUGACCAUAAAUGCAUCAGUAGGGGGAGGAACCACGGCCAUACUGCUCAGCUAUUUUACCAAGGCACGAAAAGUUGACGUCAAGCUCCUUAUCCGUGGAAUUCUGGGAUCGCUUGUCAGCAUUUCAGGUCUUUGUGGCUGGGCACGCCCAUGGGAGGCCAUUCUAGUGGGCGCGGUCGGGAGCCUUAUCGCCUGUUACGGCGUCUCACUACUAGAGCGUGUCCGCAUAGACGACCCCGUGGGAAGCGUCUCCAUUCAUAUGUUUCCCGCAAUUUGGGCUAUGGUGGCAGCGGGCAUAUUCCUAGAACCGGACGCAAGCGCGAAAAGACCUGGAGGGCUUGUACAGACCGGAAGUGCGUAUACAUUAGGGGUGGAACUCCUCGCGACUGUUGUGGUGUCCGUCUGGUGCGCGCUGAUGGCAACUGUAAUCCUGUUUUUUAUUGACAAGACGAUUGGUUUACGCGUGUCUUAUCAAGAAGAGGUCCUCGGGGCGGACAUUGUGGAACACUCUAUUGGUGGAUACUCUAAAGCCAGACGCGGGGCGGUAUCUCAAGAAAACCCGAAGCUGGAGACCCGUGUGAAACACAACGACGCCAACUUUGCUACGCUCGUGGAUAACCUAGCACAUUUACAACGGCUAGCUGAUCUCGCCAUGAAGAGAGGCAACGACGAUGACGAGGACGAAAACGACGAACAGCCGAGUGAUGACGCGGAAUCUUUCGGAUCACCGGAACCAACCCGAAGAGUGCGAUUCCAGCAGCUCGCUAUUCCGGAAACAAAAGUGGAAAUAGCUUAUGAACAGUCCGUGGAAGAGUAAGGGUACUAUGACAAAAAGCCGGGAAAGGUCUCCAGGAUUUCUCCGAUCGUCCUAACCUUCUUAAAGAAGAAGCGAGCUUUCAAGCAACUCAAAAACUCCAAAACAGCCGCUGAACUACUUCAUGGACUGGCAGUAAUGAAGUCAAACAAAAAGCACACCUUUCAAUCAUUGAUCUACUGCAGAAAAAGGGCCUUGGGAUUGCCUAGUUCCAGAGAGAAACAAGCACUCAACUGCGUGAAAGACUAAGAAUGGCUGCUAGCGGACUACAGUUCAGUCUUGUGUUUCCUGGAUAGAGCAAACUUAUAGAUAGAGCAAAGCAUCUUUUGCCUGUGACUCAAGCAUCAUACAGGUCCUUUGCAGAGUAUCCUUACUACGAUGCUUUGCGGUAGUAGACCUCAAACUAUUUUGUCGAUAGGUACGAUGUAUUACUUCUGUUUAUCACAUUUCUUAAAGUGCCUUAUAAAAAAGCUCUUAAUUUCCGGGUUUAUAAGUAAAUAUUAAAAACAAGUUACUGGAAUUUGAUGCUAGGGGCACUUUCAGGAUUGGGUACUCCUGGAUUUGAAUUUUUCAAGUCAAAGUAAAAAUGAAAUGAAGAUAAAAUAAUAUUACAAUUUUAAACAAAAAAGGCUAAAAAAAUUAGAGCAGAUACUUUUAGUUUAAGAGCCUUUGUCAGUCACAGAUUUGUUACUGUUUUUAUCCAAAAUUUGAAGAUAAUUUAUUUAAAAGAAUAUCGAAAUGCUAAUCUAAAUGAAAAGUUUUAUAUCUUAUUUGGCAAUUUCGAUCGAAAAUAUCGCAUUGGCUUCCCCAAAUCCGCCGAUGGAAAUGGGUGCUUUUUCGCACUUGCUACUUUGCUAGGAUGACAAAAUGGCGGCUGGCAGAGGCUGUUUAAGCAUGCCUGCAGGCAGGAAGUGGCAAGCGAAUAAAGGGGCGUUCACUGCAUUUGAAACAAUCAAAAUUGUUUAACAGAAAAAGGAUCUGAUAAAUACUUUAAAGUAGCGACCAAAGUUUGACGGAAAUCAAGUAUAUUGUGUUAUUUCUAUCAUUCGAUUUCGCUUAUGAUAAAGCGUUACGUUUUUCUAUCUUUCUUAAAAUCGCCAUGUUAUUAAAUCAGUUCGAUAUAGGCAACGGGAAAAGUUUGUACGGUUAAUUUGUAACUCAGUAACUUUUUUAUAAAAUAUAUAUAUGUUUCUCGAGUACUUAGCAUUUUUUUUUGGCGCGAAUGUUGGAAAGAUAGGUUUUUCGGAACCUUUUUCCCAAGCAUCAGCGUAUUUCGGUUGCUACUACAAUAUUUGGCAGAACAGGUACAUGGAAUAAUGUAAAUAUUAUUGUAGCAGGGUUUUUUAUUUUAUAAAAAUCGUAUAUGUCAUUUGAUAGCAAAACAUUUUACAAUCGGAUAUCAGGUUUAGAGUUUGAUUCUCUAAACAUUGACUUAAUUGUAGGAAUACAAGUACCAUGACUGUUUUUUUUUCUGGUAUCUGGUUUAUACGGUUUAAAUCCGUCCUUAUUUCUUUAAGUAUUUUAAAAUUUAAUUUCAUUGUAGAGUAAGAAUUCAAAUCCCACCAAAAACAAACAAUGAAAAAUAAAGAGAACACAACAACUGAA